AGUAUCUCCACUUUGUGUUUAGCUGUUUAACAAUGGCUGGAAUUUGGUGUUUGGUUCAGAUUUUGGUGGUUUGUGCUUUCUGUCAUGCUGUUCCACAGUGGAGAAAAUCGCUUCAGGAUGCUCAAGCUCUGAUGAUUCAGCAAACUGACCAGCAGUUUCCAGUUCAGAAGCCAGUUCAACAGCUAACUAGCCAGCAGUUUCCAGUUCAGAAGCCAGUUCAACAGCUAACUAGCCAGCAGUUUCCAGUUCAGAAGCCAGUUCAACAGCUAACUAGCCAGCAGUUUCCAGUUCAGAAGCCAGUUCAACAGCUAACUAGCCAGCAGUUUCCAGUUCAGAAGCCAGUUCAACAGCUAACUAGCCAGCAGUUUCCGCUUCAGAAGCCAGUUCAACAGCUAACUAGCCAGCAGUUUCCAGUUCAGAAGCCAGUUCAACAGCUAACUAGCCAGCAGUUUCCGCUUCAGAAGCCAGUUCAACAGCUAACUAGCCAGCAGUUUCCAGUUCAGAAGCCAGUUCAACAGCUAACUAGCCAGCAGUUUCCGCUUCAGAAGCCAGUUCAACAGCUAACUAGCCAGCAGUUUCCGCUUCAGAAGCCAGUUCAACCACUAACUAGCCAGCAGUUUCCGCUUCGGAAGCCAGUUCAACAGCUAAUUAGCCAGCAGUUUCCGCAUCAGAAGCCAGUUCAACAGCUAACUAGCCAGCAGUUUCCGCUUCAGAAGCCAGUUCAACCGCUAACUAGCCAGCAGUUUCCGCUUCAGAAGCCAGUUCAACAGCUAACUAGCCAGCAGUUUCCAGUUCAGAAGCCAGUUCAACAGCUAACUAGCCAGCAGUUUCCGCUUCAGAAGCCAGUUCAACAGCUAACUAGCCAGCAGUUUCCAGUUCAGAAGCCAGUUCAACAGCUAACUAGCCAGCAGUUUCCGCUUCAGAAGCCAGUUCAACAGCUAACUAGCCAGCAGUUUCCGCUUCAGAAGCCAGUUCAACAGCUAACUAGCCAGCAGUUUCCGCUUCAGAAGCCAGUUCAACCACUAACUAGCCAGCAGUUUCCGCUUCGGAAGCCAGUUCAACAGCUAAUUAGCCAGCAGUUUCCGCAUCAGAAGCCAGUUCAACAGCUAACUAGCCAGCAGUUUCCACAUCAGAAGCCAGUUCAACAGCUAACUAGCCAGCAGUUUCCGCUUCAGAAGACAGUUCAACAGCUAACUAGCCAGCAGUUUCCGCUUCAGAAGCCAGUUCAACAGCUAACUAGCCAGCAGUUUCCGCUUCAGAAGCCAGUUCAACAGCUAACUAGCCAGCAGUUUCCGCUUCAGAAGCCAGUUCAACAGCUAACUAGCCAGCAGUUUCCACUUCAGAAGCCAGUUCAACAGCUAACUAGCCAGCAGUUUCCGCUUCAGAAGCCAGUUCAACCGCUAACUAGCCAGCAGUUUCCGCUUCAGAAGCCAGUUCAACAACUACCUAAGCUGCAGUUUCCGCUUCAGAAGCCAGUUCAACCGCUAACUAGCCAGCAGUUUCCACUUCAGAAGCCAGUUCAACAGCUAACUAGCCAGCAGUUUCCGCUUCAGAAGCCAGUUCAACAGCUAACUAGCCAGCAGUUUCCGCUUCAGAAGCCAGUUCAACAGCUACCUAGCCAGCAGUUUCCGCUUCAGAAGCCAGUUCAACAGCUAACUAGCCAGCAGUUUCCGCUUCAGAAGCCAGUUCAACAGCUAACUAGCCAGCAGUUUCCGCUUCAGAAGCCAGUUCAACAGCUACCUAGCCAGCAGUUUCCGCUUCAGAAGCCAGUUCAACAGCUACCUAGCCAGCAGUUUCCGCUUCAGAAGCCAGUUCAACAGCUACCUAGCCAGCAGUUUCCGCUUCAGAAGCCAGUUAAAAAGCAUUUUCAGAAGCCAGUAGUGCAGGCAGAGCCCCUUGAUAAAUGUGCUGUAGCUGAUUCUGAGCAGAUCCAAUGUGGUCUACCUGGGAUCAGUGGUGCUGAGUGUGAAGCUAUCGACUGCUGCUUUAAUGGACAACAGUGUUUCUAUGGGAGGGCAGUGACUGUCCAGUGUAUUAGAAAUGGUCAGUUUGUGGUAGUGGUGUCUAGAGACGUUACUCUGCCUCGACUGAGUCUGGAUUCGGUUCAUCUACUGGGUGGAAAUGACCCACCCUGUGCUCCUGUGGGGUCCACACCUUCCUUUGCUAUAUACCAGUUCCCUGUGACCGCAUGUGGCACAAGCGUGAUGGAGGAUGGAGGAUAUGUGGUGUAUGAAAACCGAAUGACCUCAUCGUAUGAAGUGGGGAUUGGACCGUAUGGUUCCAUCACAAGGGACAGUCACUUUGAGUUUCUCUUCCAGUGUAGAUAUUCAGGAACGUCUGUGGAAGCUCUGGUUGUGGAAGUCAACUCUGUUCCUCCACCUCCACCAGUAGCUGCUCCUGGACCUCUCAGGGUGGAGCUCAGACUGGCCAAUGGCCAAUGUGUCACCAAAGGCUGUGCUGAAGGGGAUGAGGCCUACACAUCCUACUACAGUGACACUGAUUAUCCCAUCACAAAAGUCCUGCGAGAGCCUGUGUAUGUUGAGGUGCACAUUAUGGAGAGGACUGACCCCAACAUUGUCCUGAUGCUGGGACAUUGUUGGGCGACUUCAACCCCCAGUCCACUCAGUCUCCCCCAGUGGGACCUUCUGAUCGACGGAUGCCCUUACCAGGAUGACCGCUAUCUGACCACACUGGUUCCAGUGACUGGAUCAUCUGGUCUUCAAUUCCCAACCCAUUACAAGCGCUUUGUUGUGAAGAUGUUCACAUUUGUAGAUCCAGCCUCGCUGGCUGCUCUGCAGGAAACUAUCUUCAUCCACUGCAGUACAGCGGUGUGCCAUCCAUCAUCUGGCUCUUGUGAGCAAAGCUGCACUAGGAAACGAAGAGACACUCGUAUCAAGGCUGUAUCUGGGGAGCAGACUGUGGUUUCUAGUGGAGGAGUUACUCUGGUCAUGUAAAUCUAGUGUUUUUUUAAUAAACUUGUAUAACAUCG